GGGAAUGAAUGGCGCCCGGGGUUCCGGACUCAGUCCUGGCGCCGCUGUGCGACUCUGCUCUUGACAAGCUACUUCUUUCUCUGAACCUCAGUUUCCUCCUCUGUAGGAUGGGGAUCAGAAUCUGGCUAUGGCAUCCUCUUUAUGGGUUGGAGUGAGAAGUCAGCUCGUGCAUGUCGGAGCCCCUAGCUCAGCGUCUGGCACACUGCUCACUUGGUUGCUAUACUGUUAUUGUUUGUAUUGUUGAUGAUGUUUGUACUUGGUGUGGAAGAGCUGGGUGUGGGAGCGUGGAAUUGGGAGCCAACAGAUCUCAGUUCAAGUCCUAGCUACACUUUGUGGUAGUGGAACUGUGCCUUCACCUGUCUGAACCUCGUUUUCCUCGUCUAUACAACGAAGGCUAAUAGCCCCAAUAUCAUAGAGUCAUUGUGAGGAUGCUGAUGAAAUGUGCGUGUAAACUCCUUAGCAUAGGACCUGACAGUGUAGAGCAGGAGCUCAGUAGAUUGGGACUAUAAUAAAAAUGAUUCUGAGAGUCAUUGGUGUAGAUGGGACUUGCAAGGAAGAGAGAAGGAAGGAAGCUCAGAGACGGCGAUAGGAAAAACUUGGAAUCUGGAGCUGGGCAAAUCGACAUCCCGCCACUUACUAUUUGAUAAAUUUUGCCAAAUCCCUUAGUAUUACGUUUUCCUUUUUCUUUAAAACUGAUGCAUUUUCCUCCAGUCAGUUCAUUUGAGAAAGAAAAUUUGUAUUGCUUUGUUAAUGGAAAACUAGCAUUUUGGCCGUGAGAAGAAGGAAAACUUAACCUGAACUCCAAUGGAAGCAGAACGGUCUAUUAAAUUGUAGACAGAAACUGAAAGAAUUGAAAAGGGGAUAACUUGUACUAUUGUGGUUCUAUGUUGUCAGAUCCCAUGGACCCUGUUAAGUUAUACUCUGUUCUCAGCUCACACUUUGCAUAUGACUGACAUCAGCUUAGUGACUGUCCUACCCUUUUCCUGACUCACUUAAGAUUUAUUUAAUGCACAUGUACAAAACCUACUGAACAUUGUUCUACGGGCUUGGCGUUUAUAAACUCUUUUAACCCUGCUAAACACUUUAAGAAUAGAUAUGCUUAUCCUUUUUUUUUUAAUUGAAGUAUAGUUGAUGUACAAUAACUCCUAUCAUUGUUAUUUUAUAGUUGAAGGGAGUGAGAUCCAGAAAGGUUAAGCCACUUGCCCCAGGGUCAGGGUUAGGAAGUUGGUAAAAUCGAGAUUUGGAGCCAAGCCUUCUAAGGGCUUAGGGUGAGGAGUCUGGUGCAUGGUGAUUACUUGAAUUGGGGGAGCUGUCAUUUUCCUGUUAUUGUUAAUGUUAUAUAAUCUUCACUGUUCAGAAGGUCAGUGCUGGAGAUGGGCUUUUGGUGGUGGAGAGAGGACACUUGAGUCCAGCAGGGAAUUCUGCAGUUAUAGUGGGAGGAUACCAGUACUUAGAGCCUCCUAGUAAGUGUUAACUGAAACUUUGCAAAGACAGACAGACCACAGUGCCUGGCUCAUAGUAAUCCCUUGACCAGUGUUAAUCAUAGCCACUGACUGACUUCGGUUCAAACCCUGGCCCUGUAGUUGCUUGCUGUGUGACCUCGGACCUGCCACUCUAAUCUGUGACUUGGAGAUCACUUUUACUUUUUACCACGGGUGGUUGUGAGGAGUCACUGAGAUGUGAACAUAUUCAGUGCCUGGCACGUAAACAUUCAGCAGGAGCUACUGCAUGGGCACUGGAAUCAGGGAGAACUUGUUUUUGAGUCCUAGUAAAGUGCUUGCUAGAUGUGGCAUUUGGCAAAUGACUGCACCACAAUGAGUUGGUUCCUUCAUUGAUUAAAAUGGGGCUAAUUAUAGUCCUCACUCAUGAGGAGGUUGUGAGGCAUCAGUGUGAUGCCUGGCAUUGGUCCUGGUGCAUAGGUAGUGCUUGGUGUGUGAAAUGCUGUUGCUCUGUCUGACUCACUGAAGCCUCUCCAUGCCUUUUGCUCUUUGAGAGAUGUUGGUUGUAUUGUCUUUGUCCAGUGGUAAAAUCCCAAAGGGAAAAGGGAUCUUAGGAGCCAAGUACAGGGUGAAGUGAUGUCCGUGGUCAUGUUCGUCAUCCUACUUGGGAGUAGAGGAGAGAGCCUCACAUCCGGGGACUUUGGGAAGGCUUCACAAAGCAGGUGGCAGCCAAGCAGAGUGAUGGAGAGCUUGCCAGGAGGACAGGAGGAGCAAGCAUUCCAGGCACAGGCUCCAGGGAGCAGAGUGAAGGCGGGGGAGACAAUGGUCUCUGUAACUAUGGCCACUUCCGAGUGGAUCCAGUUCUUUAAGGAAGCCGGCAUUCCUCCGGGACCUGCUGUCAAUUACGCAGUGAUGUUUGUGGAUAACAGGAUCCAGAAGAGCAUGCUGCUGGAUCUCAACAAGGAGAUCAUGAAUGAGCUGGGCGUGACUGUGGUGGGCGACAUCAUUGCCAUCCUCAAGCAUGCCAAGGUGGUGCACCGCCAGGACAUGUGCAAAGCUGCCACUGAGUCAGUGCCCUGCAGCCCCAGCCCCCUUCCAGGCGAGAUUCGCCGAGGCACCUCUAGCGCCGCCUCCCGGAUGAUCACCAACAGCCUGAACCGAGACUCCCCACCCGGCACUCCCCCCAGGCGGCCGGACACCAGCACCUCCAAGAUCUCUGUCACUGUGUCCAACAAGAUGGCAGCAAGGAGUGCCAAGGCUGCCGUCUUUUUUAACAGAUGGUCACUGAGCCCCGCAGUGGUGCCCGGCCCUGUGCUUGAUGCCUGGGGUCAAAGGGCGUCCAGCCCCCACUCCAGGAGAACAUUCCAUCCCAGAAGAUGCUCACCACCCCCUCCUCCCCCAGCAGCCAUGGCCCGCCGGGAGGAGGAGAGCUUGACUGGUCCCACCAAGCGGCGCCGGGUCACGGCCGAGAUGGAGGGGAAGUACAUUAUCACCAUGCCCAAAGGCACCACCCCCCGGACCCGUAAGAUCCUGGAGCAGCAGCAGGCAGCGAAAGGUCUCCACAGGACGUCUGUGUUUGACCGCCUUGGCGCCGAGACCAAGGCAGACACGACGAUGGGGAAUAAACCCACAGGGGUCUUCAGCCGCCUGGGGGCCACCCCAGAGACCGACGAGGAUCUGGCUUGGGACAGUGACAACGACAGCAGCAGCUCUGUCCUGCAGUAUGCCGGGGUCCUGAAGAAGCUAGGCCGGGCCCCAGCCAAAGCCAGUCCCCAGCCCGCACUAACUGUCAAAGCCAAGGCCACAAGCUCGGUGGCAACGGCCGCUGCCCCAACGCUGCGGCGCCUGGCAUUUUCCUCACGACCUGGGCUCGAGAGGAAGCCGGAGUCCCUAUCCAAAGUCAGCAUCAUCCAGAGACUGGGCAAGGCUGCCCUCGUGCCGGAGGCCCAGGACAGCCAGGUCACGAGCACCAAGAGUAAGUCCUCGGCUGAGGUCAAGGUCACCAUUAAGAGGACUCUGGUGGGGCCCCGGGGGAGCAGCUCCAGCGAGGGCCUUGGUGCCCAGAUGGACCACGCGGGCACUGUGAGCGUGUUCAAAAGACUGGGCCGCAGGACCUUCUAGCCCAAGGGCGGGGCGCAGGCCCCUCUCCAGCCUCCAGGCUCCAUCAGAGUCUUCAGCGAGGGCGCGCGCACGCCCCCUGCCGGCUGCCGGGUGACACUGCUUGUCUCCCUCAGGCAUUCCGCCAGCCUGAGCUUCCUGGGGAUUCGCCCGGUGUUUCUGAGUCUGAGACGGUCAUUGAGGCCCGGCCUUGCCGCUCUGGGACUUUCCCUUCUCUCGCGUCCUCUGUUCUCUCCUCUCUGACCGUGGCCUUGGCAGGACACACUUUUCUGCCUCUCCAAGUGCCAAGUGCCCUUUUCCUGUCCUCCAUUCCCCAUCUGCUGCCUCAAACCCCGGCUCCGGGCCUCCCUGUCCCCCAGGGUGGGUGUCGUCUGAAGGGGCUCCCGUAUCCCCCACCCCCUGGCUUCCUCACUUCCCUCCCUCCUCUGCCCCCUCCCCCCGAUGCUUUGACUCCUCUCUCUCCGUCUCUUCACUCUGUUCAUUUCUUUUCUGUUUUCUGUCCCUGUGGCAAGGCCCGACUGUCCGCUGCGUCCUGCCUGACCCUCCUGCACCUCCGUCCUCCCAGCGGCCCCCUCGUCGGCGGCGGUGGCGUCGAGCCUGUAGAGACUGUUAGCCGCCGUCACUCCUAGGCUGGAGGGACCUCCCCAGACCCCAGGCUGCAGCUGGGGCACCUGCCUGGGCAUCUUUUUCCCUGAAAGUCGGUGGCGGGUGGCGGGUAAGGGGCACUAAGAAGGGAAGCCAGCACCGAGAGGAGAAAACAGCUAUUUUAAUAUAUUUUUGUGACUUUCAGACUGUUUCCCUCCCCUGCUUCAGGGCGAGUCGCAGGACUGUUUUUCUGCAUGAAGCACAGUGUGGGCGGGGCACCCACGAAGGGUUGGGCCUCGUCUCUGAGGGUCAAGCUCCCCACAUAUAUAGGUGGGCCGUGUUUUUGCUGCAGGCCCCGAGGUGAAGGGAGUCACGGUCAUGGUCAUCAUCUAGUUGGGCCUCCUCCUCCCCUCGGCAACGCGCAGGGCUUCUGUCCCUCUGCCCUCCCCUUCCACAGAUUUCCCCUGUUUCUGCCACUCUGCCUGUGGAUGGCUUUCCAGACUGCAGGCUUCAUUUGUGUGGGUGCCUGUGGAUUUGACCGUUUACCUACUCACCACUGCACAGCACCUGCUCUGUGCCAGGCCUGUUCUAGGAGCUGGGGAUCCAUCCACGAGCAAGGCAGACAAGUCUCUUCCCGCGUGGCCGACCUCUCUAGCCAGGGAGACAGGCGGUAAUCAGUAAACCACAAUUUGCCAUUUGAA